UAUUUUCGAGCCCUUCGCUAUAGCAAGUAAAAGUAUAUUCAUCUACUUCAAUUAUUGAAAGCCUACCUGAACGGCAAUCAAUUACAACAACUCUGGGUACCCCCUUAUCAAUUUUCCCUGUCACUCUUAAAUUCCAGAUCCAUCCAUUUCUUGUUAAAAGGAACGAGUUUGCUGCAAAAUUUAUAAUCCUAUAAAUUCUCCUUCUCACAAUAGAUCUACUGCAGAGUUCUCUCUCAACCCUCGCUCAGGAGAUCGAACUGACUAGUUUGGGAUUGAUCAUAUAUUGCACUCAUGUCGUUUCGUAAGAGUGUGAAAUAUCAUACAGUUAUUGAUAUUAUUGACGAAAAAUGCGUAUUCAAAGUUCCUAACGUGCUCCGCAGACAGAACCCAGAAGCUUAUACACCUGACGUUGUUACAAUCGGACCUUUUCAUCAUAAUAAAGAAAAAAAAGGCAAGCUUAAGGAGGAAUUCAAACUCAUGAAAGAACUGAAGAAGAAAUAUUUGAAUGAAGUUCUUGCACGUAUGGAGAAUAUAACUUUGAAAGACUUGACUGGUAAAGUUACUGAAUUCUCAGAUCAGGAGAAUGAAGAUGCUUGCAGCUUCGAGACACAAGCCCGCAGGUUUUAUGGAGAACCACUGCUUGCGCAUAUUUCUUCCAAAGACUUCAUGGAGAUGAUGAUAGUUGACGGUUGCUUCCUUGUUCAACUAUUUCGGAAGUCUAAACAUUCCAUUCUCAGGUCGUCCGAUGAUCCGGUGUUCAACAUGGAUUGUAUGUUUCAUUUCCUAUGCCAUGACAUUUUGCUCGUAGAGAAUCAACUGCCUUGGUUUGUUAUCCACUCUUUGUAUACCCUUACCCUUGAUAAAUUCCCUGAUAAUGCCUCCCUUUCUACUCUCAUCCUUAACGCCUUCAGCAUACUACCAUCAUUGAAGAGAAGUUGCUCAUCUUAUGGUAAGCAUCUAAACAAGAGUCCUUGUGAUGUUGAUUAUCUGCACAUACUCGAUCUGUUAAGAGCUUCCAUACUUCCAUUAAAGACCAUAGAUGAGGGAUCAAACAGAAAACAAUCCCGGUCGUCCAACCGAGGUGAUCAAGGCACCAUAGGCAAGGGAGAGGAAUCAGAGGAUAAAUCCGUUCAUGACGGUGUCUUUGAGCCAGAUCACCAUCAAAUUCGUACCGCAACCGAACUCGCAAAGGCCGACAUUAAAUUCCAGAAAGUUAUAGAGGAGAGCAUUAUGGACAUCCACUUCGAAGAGGGUGGUUGGUUCAGGAAUGGGAUUCUUAAGAUUCCACAGCUAAACGUUGGAAUGUCAUCGGAAACAUUAUUCAGGAACCUCAUAGCAAUUGAGCAGUGCUACCAUGGUUAUUCUAACGAAAUUACGUCUUAUGCCAUCUUUAUGGAUAACCUCAUCUCUUCAAAGGAAGAUCUGGAAUUACUUUGGAAGUAUCAAAUUAUAGGUAACUGGAUGAGUGAUGAAGAUGGUUGCAAAUUCUUCAGCAACCUAUACAAGGACAUCCCGCACAACAAGUUUUACUAUGUUAAGCUGUGCGAACAUGUGAAUGCUCGUCACAGAUCAAAAUGGUAUCAAUGGUUGGCUGUACUGAAGAGUGAAAGGUUUGCUAAUCCCUGGAGAAUUUUGGCUUUCGGCAUAGGUUUUCUCAUUCUGUUUCUCACCGCGUGGAGUUCGGCGAACAAUAUCCGAGUUAACAUGCAUAAGAAGUAGUUUUAUUUUUUGUUCGGAAAUAAGUGAACUUUUUCUAGCUAGCUAGUUGUUCAGAGUUCACAUUUGCCUGUGUUUCUCACUUCUUUGUGUGUGGCUCUUGUUGUUUUAAGAUAUUUGAAUGUACCUCAGACAAAUGUGCUUUUAAAUACCUGAACGGUAUGUUUCAAUGUAUAUGUCAAAAUGUCAUUGUACCUCUUGCAUCUCAAUGCAAAUUGGAAUUUUUCUUGUUGGA